GGCUCCCCAACGUGCACGGCAGGACAGGCAGCCCGGCGCCGGACGCAGGCCACGUGCAGCAGUCACUAUACCAGGCAAGAAAGAUGCAAAGAUUCAGUGAACAAAGGACGUAAGCAUUCCAUACUUCGGAAGUUCUACAUUUCAGCAGUGAAAAAGUUCUGGAUGAUUCUAAGAUAGAAGAUUGCCAGUAUUCUGUGGAGAAUGACUUGGGGAAAUUGAUCAUCUGACCCCAUGGACUUACAUUCCCAAGUCAAAUGACACAUCUUGUUCAGCCUCCCUGUAGUCCAUUUUCCCUUCAAUUGGUAUAAAUUGCUAAGUUACAUUCUCAUUGCCCCCCCCCAAUGUUUUUCUAUUUGUUAAAUAAGCAAAGUAUUUUGAACUGAUUUGACAUUAAGAAUAAAGAACAAUGAUUUGGGUUCAUUUUCCAUGCUCUGUUCUUCAAUUACCUGAAAUACGAGUCCUACAACUUCAAAAUGGCUUUCAGUCACGUGUUUUUGUUUUAAAGCAUUUGGGAUCCCUUUGCAGGACCUCUUGGACUAUGGGAAAAACGAGAUGAUUCUGCUGCCUCGUUUUAAUAUCUUUUCAGAGAUGGGGGGGUUUGAUGAAUUCAUGGAAUUCAGUAGAAGACAACUGAUCAAAUUUCAACACUGCCGUGAUUUAGAGGAAAUGAACGUUUUGAUGUUGGUUUGUUUAGGAAGAAUCUGACCCUUCUCUUCAAGCUCUUGAGUCCCGCCAAGAUGACAUUUUAAAACGUCUCUACGAACUGAAAGCUGCCGUUGAUGGCCUCUCCAAGAUGAUUCAGACACCAGAUGCAGAUAUGGAUGUAACCAACAUAAUCCAAGCUGAUGAGCCCACUGCUUUCUCAGCCAGCGCAUUGGACUUAAAUUCAGUGCUCGGAAAGGAUUACGGGGCACUGAAAGACAUCGUGAUCAAUGCAAACCCGGCCUCCCCUCCCCUGUCCCUGCUGGUGCUGCACAGGCUGCUGUGCGACCACUACAGGGUCCUGUCCACCGUGCACACGCACUCCGCAGUCCAGAGCGUGCCAGAAAACCUCCUCAGGUGCUUUGGCGAGCAGGCCAAAAACCAGCCCCGGCACGAGUAUCAGCUGGGUUUUACUCUGAUCUGGAAGAAUGUGCCGAAGACUCAGAUGAAGUUCAGCGUCCAAACGAUGUGUCCCAUCGAAGGAGAAGGGAACAUUGCACGGUUCCUGUUCUCUCUGUUUGGCCAGAAGCAGGACGCCGUAAAUUUAACCCUCAUAGACAGCUGGGUGGAUAUCGCGAUCUUUCAGCUGAAAGAAGGCAGCAGUAAAGAGAAAGCCGCCGUGUUCCGCUCCAUGAACUCCGCUCUCGGAAAGAGCCCCUGGCUGGUGGGGAAUGAACUCACCGUGGCCGACGUGGUGCUGUGGUCAGUGCUGCAGCAGACCGGCAGCUGCGGAGGGACGGUGCCGGCCAACGUGCAGAAGUGGAUGAGGGCGUGCGAAAACCUGGCGCCCUUCAACACCGCCCUCAAGCUCCUCCAGUGAGUUUCCCUAACUGUAAAAGGUUGACUGCGAGAACGGUGCUGCUGCCUCAGGCCUGUCGUGGGUGAAGGAACCUGUACUAAAAUCAGCGUGUUUCAGCCAGUUGCCUAGAAUCAAUAAAGGCAUCCUAUGA